UGCCAUCAGUCAUCAGUCGUCAGUGUGGCUUGCUUGUAGUUGUUGCACAGGCAGAAUAUUUUCUGAAUUUAGUCACGCGCGUAGUACUCCAUUUGUAAUCGCGAAUUUUUCUUUAAAAGCUCUUGUAACUCACUCAUGAUUAUUUAUUAACGUCUUUGUGGCCACAGGUUUUUUAUUGUACAGACCAUGAUGAGUGACGACGAUCGCGAUAUAGACAUUGAAAGUGAUGCGGAAAACGAUUCGGAUUCUAGGACUCAUGCAAGGAAUAACCUCGGUGGAGGUGGCUAUUACUCUCAGGCAGACAAAAGGGCACACCACAAUGCAUUAGAAAGAAAAAGAAGAGAUCACAUCAAGGACAGUUUCACAUCUCUGAGGGAAUCCGUACCUGCCCUACAAAAUGAAAAAGUGACACAGGCAAGUCGGGCGCAAAUCUUAAAAAAGGCUGCAGAGUACAUCCAGUUUAUGAGGCGGAAAAAUAACUCGCACCAGCAAGAUAUUGAUGAUUUAAAACGGCAGAACAACUUACUAGAGGCCCAAAUACGAGCAUUAGAAAAAGCACGAGCAACAGGAAACUACAUGGAUGCCCAUGAGUUGGGACUUGGCAUCAAAUCUGAGGGCAGUUCACAUGACACAGACAGUUCUGACGGGGAGGGCACCACUCGUCGCGUAAAGAAGCUCAAGAUCAAUGGUGUCAAUGUGUAAUUUCAAUCGAUCAACCCUAAUUUGGUUCUAUCUUAGUGAGGUUAUAAUUUUUUGGACAAUUUUCUCUUUUGCUCUUUGCCAAAAAACCCUAUUUUCAACCACAAAAGUUUUGCCAGCAUGUUUGUCGUCACAAUUUGAAGUCAAGUUGUAACCAAUUUUAAAUUUGUAUAAUAACCCUUCAUUUUGGAUGACAAAUAUGUUUUAUUUCAUUCAAUAUUCUUUGUGUGUUCUGUAGAUACUACCUGUUUUAUGAUUUGCCUCCUUGAUGCAAAUUGUCCUUAAUUGUUCUUUAUUUUUAAGUUAAUGUAAGAUGGUUUAAUUGAUAUUAAAUUUUCUUAGAUUCUUUGUUAUGCAAAAAUUUUAUGGGAGUAAAAAUCUAAUUAUUUUCAUUCUAAAUAUUUAAAAAACAAAAUAAAAUAGGUAUAUACUUUGUUUUCUUAGCAUACCAAUUUGGUGUGUUUUUAACUUUGUGCUAGAAAAUUAAUUAUCAAUUAAGCUAAUACAUAGUUAUAAGUCUAGUCUUCUUGAACAACCUGGUUUGCUGUCUGGCUAAAAUAAUCGCUGCCUGCUGCUGUAUUUCCUGAACACUAUAAUCCGGGCGUUUUCAAGGCGAGAGUGAAUAGGCACUUGCAGGGCAGAUAUGUACCAUCUUAGACUGCAUCUCACUUAACACCAGGUGCGAUUGCGGUCAAAUACUUGCCUUGUCUAGCAUAAAAAAAAACUGCGUAACUAUCGCUACUUUUACUCAAAUGUACUGACAUAACAAAAUAGACAUAACUUCAAAAUUGAAAAAUAAACUGGGAGACUUGUUCAAUGUUUUUCUUGAUUGCUAUUACGAUAAGUGUACAUUAUCUUUCCCAGCUGUUGGGUUAUAUUAUAUUAUAUAAUGUUAAUACUUGAAAACAUUUCAAAACCUGUAUACAUUAGGGGAUACAUUAUAUCGAAAUGCUAUAUUUUGAGCUAAAUGUUGGUCAACAAGUAUGUGGCACUUUCGAGAGAUUGCUCCAUGUUUAAAGUCACGAUGUGCGGCAUAUCCAAAACUACAAAGUAAAAUUAAGGCCUAUGCACACAAUAUUUAUUCAGGUGUGAACAUUGAAAGCAAGGUUUAACUUUAAAGGGCUGAGUUCGCCAAUGUAUACGACGCUUAAUGAUUACGAGUAAAAGUACCAUGACAUAUUCCUUGAAUGAUGUAUUUGACAAAAAUUUCCUUGUAUUGACAAAUUGGCAUGUUUCGAUACGAUCUUUUUUUUUUUAAUCAUAAGUGCAAUAUUUUCACCGAAUAUUUUUGUAUAUUUUUUUAUAAUUUUCUACGACAUUGUUAAAUGGAUAUAUUUUUGUGAUAGUUGAUUGAGUCGUGGAUUAUUUUCCGAUCUGACUACCGUCUACCGCUAGGUAAAUUUAUUUUUAUGUUCUAGAAGACUAUAGAUUUAAUUGAUGUAAAAUAUAAAUACUCUGUUAAA